AAUGCAGCACGGCACGGAACCACCACGCGACUCCGUGCCGUGUGGCGACCCCCGAGCCUCCCAGCCGGCAGCGAUGCCCUCCGAGCUCCCGCCCCCGGUUCCUCUCCUACUGUUCCUACUCCUCCUCGUCCUGCGGCCGUGCGCCUCGUGGCAAGCGGCCGUCGACGACGCGUCGGUGUCGAGGUCGGCCUUCCCCAUGGACGGGAACGUGGCGUGGGUGGUGCAGGUCAGCAACCUCCACAUCAGCGCCUACCACCCGGAGCGCGCUGCCGACCUGGCGCGCAUCCUCGGCGCCUCCCUGCGUGCCAUCCGGCCCCACCUCCUCCUCGUCACCGGCGAUAUCACCGCCUUGCAGGUGUUUGUGGUUGAUUCUCAUGAUGUAAAGACUUCAAGUGGGCAGAGACCAUUUUCAGUCGAGGGAGAAAUCCAUCGUACCAAAGGUAGGCUGUCAGUUCUAUCAUCCCCUAUCCAGCAGAGAAAGGCUUACUUUUGGUUGGUCUGGUUUUUAAUGGAGGGUGCAAGGAGUAAACCUUUAUGGUUUCUCUGGUCAUAUAUGUUCUCGGCUCAUCGAAAUGCCAUGGUUUUGGGGUCGUGCAACUGAAUGGAGAAAUUGCUCGAAUGUACUUAUCUGGAUGGAGCAUGCCAUUUUAUGACAGGGGAUUGACAGGCGACAAACUGGGCAACACAGAUGUGCUCGUCAUCACACUACCUUUCCUAUAUCUGGUGGCUGUCCCUGUAAUAGUCCUAUAUAUGGCUUGUUUGCAGAAAAGGCUAUUUCUUAUUUGCAACACAGCGGAAGAACAGAAAAUUCUGCUGACUCAGCAAAUAUGUCUGCUGAAGCGGCAUGCUUGCUGUCAGGUGCUCCAAGGGCUUUACUAAUGAAAUUUUCUGACAUGAUGGUAUCCUUGAUGAUCCAUUUUUGUGGUAGCUGGACAAGGAGGGCUCUUCUACUUGCAUGUUUGAUCACUUCAGCGGUACAUUUGAAGGUGCGUCUCUCUCCUGACUUUUCUAACAAUGCAAUUUUUCAUGUAUUAGUAUCGGGGAUAAUGUAGAUUUGCGUUUCUUGUGGCAUAUUACUUUGUGAUCGAUCUUCUAUUACUACUCGCGUGCAUUUUUUUUUGGAACUUGGAAUGGUAAGAAGGCACAUAUUCAGCAUUAUUCUGCUCUACAAAGUGAUCAUGCAAGUAUAAAAAAUUAUGGGAUAAGGUACAUUGACCCUCGACCUCAAGCUUCGUCCUAGGGUCGUCGACCCUGAAUCCUUGGGGUCACAUACCAUGUCGCGAAUUGUUGUCCCGAAGUAGUAUACCUCUUUUGUACCAUACUUUUGACCGAUGUCAACCUGCAUCCUAUGACAUUGUUUUUCAACCUAGUCGAUCCGGAUUUCUAGUGACUAUGGUGCACACCUGCUUGACAAUGUGGAAGAACACCCUAACCGUGUCAGCAACAUUGUUGAGAUCCGGUGGCAUCCGGUCGAGCUCGGAGCUGCUACUGCUGAGGUUGUCGUUGAUCUAUUUGACAAUGUUGGGGAGUGUUAGUAACCAUGCAGGGAAUAGGAUUUGGAAAAACUGGUGCAAGGAUUAGAAGCAAGAAUUGGGGAUAGGCGAGAAAAUAUAUUGUAUUAGGGAUAGAACAUAUUCGUUCACAGCUCUUGUUUUAAUAUCUCCCAAUUAUUACAAGGGUUUGGCCUCAGCUCUUCUUACGUGCCGUUUGGAUUGUUGGAAAUGUGUGGUUGGUUUGGGAAAUGGGAGGUGGGAUGAAGCUUUUUCGAUGUUUGGUUGAUGGGCAAUGGGUUUGGGAAUGGGAUAUAAAGACUUCAUUUCUCACCCUUUCAAACCCAGGGCAAGGGUGGGGUAGAGGUGAGAAACGUACGAAAUUCCAUAAUUGCCCUUCGUGAUGUUGCUCUUUAAUGGCUGUCUCUUUAUUUUGAAAGGUCAUUUGAUUAUUCUAACUAAUUUUUCUAUCCCUGUCCCAUGCCAAACCAAACAAAGGACUGACAAUAAAAUCUUAUAACCAUAUCUCAUACCCACCUCAUUUCAUCCUCCAUUUCACUUUCCAAUGCUGUAUCCAAACGCUACCGUACUUGCUAACCCAAUCUUCACUGUUAACCCAUUAGUUAGGCUUAGUCUUGCACCCGGUCCUUCUAGGCCCCUUUGCCAAGUUCUGCUGGUCUUCACGGCUUGGGUCAUCCACAGGAUGGGCCUUAACAGGUAGGCACUCGACGAUGAUGAUGGCUUUUAUCUGCAUAAGCCGCUGCGCGAGGACUGGAAUGCCCACCAUGGGCUUGUCGUUCUUCGAAAGCAAUGGGUGGUACUAGAACAGCAGCUCCUCCUCGACGCGCGCCUGGUCGUUGUUGGAAUUGAUCUCGGCCUUAUCCCUGACGUGACCGAGAUAAAAGGAGGACCGUUUGCCCUCCAUGCGCUCUGAUCGGGAGCCCCAACCAACAAAUGGUGGUGGUCCCACCUUGUGCUGCGCUUGAUAUAAACCAGGGGGGAGUCCCGUAGGGCAUGUGACUAGAUUUUCGCAUGUUAGGCUGAUCUCCCCCCCCACAACUCUAAUCCGAUCCUAAGAGAACGCAGUAAACAAGGUGAAGGCUACUGCCGCCUCCUC